UUGUCAAUUGUCAUAAUAACGUCUAUUAUCUGUCGAUAGGAAAACAACCACUAGUUGUGGUUGUGGAUUACAUAAAAAUAAAUAUUUUUGAAUAAAAAGUUCAACUCGCUGUGGAAACAAUUAUUAAAACUGAAUACUGUGAUUUGUAGUAGGAAUGUGAUAACCAUUUUUGUGACCACAUAUCUAAGAUGUCCAAAAAUAAAUUAAACCUAACACUACCUCCUGGUUCGAUUGACCAGACACCAACAGUAACACCUACUUCUUUUCCGGAGAAACCAACAAUAUCUAACACAAACAAUAGCAUUGAUAACUUAACUGCUCGGUUAGAAGAACUUGAUAUGGAUGAUACUCAGCGCAAAAGAAUAGAAGUAUUUUUGUGCCAGAAGGAACAAAUUGGUGGAGAAUUCUCAGAUGAUGAUUUUGAAAAACUUGGCGAACUAGGUUCUGGUAAUGGUGGAGUUGUUACUAAAGUCCGUCAUAAAAGUGGGCUUAUUAUGGCAAGAAAGCUCAUUCAUCUGGAAGUGAAACCAGCUAUAAAAAAACAAAUCAUUCGUGAACUGAAAGUUUUGCACGAAUGUAACUUUGCUCACAUAGUUGGUUUUUACUGUGCAUUUUACAGUGAUGGUGAAAUCAGUAUUUGUAUGGAAUACAUGGAUGCUGGUUCUCUGGAUUUGAUUUUGAAAAAAGCUGGACUCAUUCCAGAAAAUAUACUGGGGAAAAUUACCUCUGCAGUAUUGAAGGGUUUGAGCUACCUGAGAGAUAAACAUGCUAUCAUGCAUAGAGAUGUUAAACCUAGCAAUAUACUGGUGAACAGUAGUGGAGAAAUAAAGAUAUGUGAUUUUGGUGUUUCUGGCCAACUGAUUGACUCGAUGGCAAAUUCUUUUGUUGGAACUAGAAGUUAUAUGUCGGUGCAAGAUGAGAGUGGAUAUCUUCUUGAAUUUUGCAUUUUAUUCAACAGGAAAUUGAUAUUGAAUUUUUGCUUUCAGAACCAUGCUUGGAUAAAAAAAGCUGAAUCAGAAAAUGUUGACAUCGCAGGAUGGGUUUGUAAAACUAUGGACAUACAACCUCCGAACAAAUAAAUGGUUCAUAUAUGGUUUUUUAUAUUUUAAUAGUUGAGGAUACUUUUAUCGAUGAAUAGAAAUCGUAAUAAUCAAAAUGCUUAAAGACAACUCUUGUCAGUGUCAUAAUACUGAUAUGUUAGGUCAUACGAAAAAGUCACAAGACAAAUACAUCACAGGGGUUCGAACAUAACCUCUCGAAGAAGUUAAAUAACAAAAAAAAUUAUCAUAGAUUUUUACACUAUCUAUACUUCAAAUAGUAUAUUUUGCAAUGUUGGUUAAUAGUGAAUUCGACUGGAAAAUUCAGUAUUACACCAGAUGGAAAGAUAAAGAUUUACAAAUGAUAUUUUGACUAGAUUGAACUAUUUUGGGUAAAAAUGAUGAAACCUCGUCAUCAUAGAAAAUAACUAUAAUUUUUGAACAUAUCAAAAAAAUA